AUGAACCUACUCGGAACAACCAGUUUUGCCGGCAUCGGUGUCAGUGUGAAACCACACUCAUCACUUAAUUGCAGCAAGGGGGUAAUCAGGUGCCCAGCCUUGCGCAAUGACACCGAUGAAGACAUACUGGCAUAUUUCCAGGAGGAGAGCGUCCCGGUCUCUGAGGUGAGGCGGAUGGUGAUCAGGAGAAACAAUGAUACAAUCAAAACAAACACCUUCAUCAUCACUUUUUCAACGCCAACACUACCCCAAAUACUAACAAUCGGAUACCAGAGGUACAACGUUUCCGUCUACAUCCCAAAUCCAUUGCGAUGCCGAAACUGUCAGAAGUACGGUCAUCACGAAAAGCGAUGUAGACGAAAAUCGAUCUGCCAGUAUUGUGGCCGUGAGGGUCACACCGAGCAAAAUGACUGUGACAUCGCCAACCUGCGCUGUGUCAACUGUGAGGGGAAGCACGCUGCCUCUUCUCGCGACUGCCCUACCUGGAGCCAGGAGAGGGAGAUAUUACGGGUUAAAUAUACCCGAGGUGUCUCUUUCCCCGAGGCCAGGAGGAUAGUCGGGAGUGCAGACAUUGCUACACCCUCUUACGCACAAGUGACUCGAGGCAAGGCGCCGGUUGACAGUGUCACGGUCAAGGAUGCUUCGGUUCAAGUUUCUGAAGACAUACCUGCCUGGGGCUCACAAGUCCCAGACAUGGCUGGAGAAAACCCUCCAAAGGUUGGCACAUCUAGGGCACAUGUGCGUUCGCAGCGAUCUCGCUCACUCACAUCUGUUCCUCGAUCCCAACUGAAACCAGAGACAACAUCACCCACCAACAGACCUAGGAAAAAAAUUAAAAUAGCGAGGGGCAAAUCCGAAGGACCGGAUCUGAAUGUCACCUUUGGCAAAGGAUCAGAGGACCCGACAAACCGGUUCAAUGUCCUACUAGAUUUCGAUGAUGAGAUGGAGACGAAUGCCUCCGCGCUUCGUGCUUCAACUCCAUCGAAAUCCAGCCAAAAUAACAAAAGAUAA